CUCAGCAGCUUGCUUGGCGGCUCAACGAGUCCGCUCAGCGGCCUGCUUGGGCAAGCUCAAGGCCAACUUGGCGGUUCAACGAACCCGCUCAUCGGCCUGCUUGGCGGUUCAACGAGCCAGCUCAGCGGUCUGCUUGGGCAAGCUCAAGGCCAGCUGGGUGGUGCACAGUCCACGCUCAAUGGUCUGCUCGGCAACUUGCCAGUCUCUACUUCUUCAGUCGAAUCGCAACUGCGCGGUCUCACUGGGAACAUGGGCCUGGGCGGUGCUCAAUCGCAGCUCGGCAGCCUCACUGGUGCCCUCUCCAACCCUUCUACGACUCAAUCGACGCUCAAUGGCUUAACCUCGCAGCUUGGCCUCAGCAGCAUCACCAGCUUGCUCCCAUUGCAGUUUCAGCAGCAGCAACAACAGCCAAUCAACACCCUCACUGGCAGCGUUGGCUCGCACAUCAAUUCUUUGCCGGCUCACAUUGGCGUGCCGGGGGCGGAGAGCAACCUUGAUGCCGCCAAGGGCCUAAACAGCGAUGUCGGCAGCAAUGCCUUCCCCGCCUCGGUGCCAACAACCUCAUCUGAGUCUACGGAACAGCUUCAAACUCAGAUCAAUCAGAUGGCAAAAAUGUUGAACGUCAACCCGAACACGCUCCUCUCGCAGCUCACUUCAGGAGCCGGGUCCGGCAGUUCUGCUCUGAAUCAGCUACUGUCUCAGGUUGGGACCAACAAUCUGCAGGGUCAGCUCAGUUCGAUCACCGGCGGCCUCCCUCUCAACCAGUUGCUCCCGGGCCAACUAACGGGCGCCCUCUCCGGUGUCGUCUCGGGCCCGCAGUCAUCGAAUUCACUCGCAGGUCUAACCGGCACCGUGAGCAGUGUGACCAAUGGUCUGCCACUGUCAGGCCUGACAAGCAAUCUACCCAUCGGUGGCCUUGCCAACACAGCAUCCGGCUUGACUGCAGCCUUGCCCAACAUCGGUACAGGCCUUCUUGGAGGUCUGCUCGGGACCCACUUGCCAUUGAACCUUCAGCAGCAGGUAGGCAACCGCAGCUCGCAUGUGAACGACACAAUCGCCUCGAUUCGCCCUUUGUCGACGACCAACACCACUCCCCUUGGUACGUUCAAUGGAACAGCAAUUGCCAAUGCGAGUGCUCCGGUUCAGAUGCCGCCGUCCAUCGUCCCUCUUGCUGCAGAGAUGCCUCACGGUACGAGUAGCAUGCUGCGUGCGACCACGGUGGUUCCAACACUCUUAGCCGCAUCUGCCUCUGCAGCGCCAACGGCUCUCAGCAAUGUCAGCGAUGUUAUACCCACUCCAUCUGCCUGGUCAGUCGCGCCCAUUUCAUUACCCACACCAGCGCAGUCCUUCAUCGCGUACGUCUCCCAGUACACCGAUAAAGCGAUGGACCCCACUUCAACUUGGACAGCCUCUUUGGCAGCUCCCACUAUCUUGCAUGCGUCUAAACUACCUUCAUCCCCAAGCUCAGCAUUGGUGAGCACAAAAGAUGCUAGCAAUGGCGCGGCAUCGGGGGGUGCCAGCGACAAGAACACCGUUCCCUCAUCUUCCAACCCAAAGCAGGAUACCAGCAGCAGCAGCAGCACCACCACCACCAGCAAUAGCACGCCGACGGCCUCCAGCAAGGCCAUCGCCGAACGAGACGACAUGGGAUUCAGCCUGCCCCCAGGCACGAAGCCGUACCCAACCGAGGCAAUCGUCUACCCUUCCAGCUCUGCCGUCGCUAGGCACCGCCGAUUCCACAAGGCCGCCGGCCGCGGCCUUGGCUUCAGACACUGA